UCUGCUGUUAAAGUCCAAGCGCCAUAGACCGAACCCCAAAAACUUUCUGUAAAAUACCCUAUUUAAAUGUUCCUUACCUUGUAAAUAAGUGCUACAUUGCAAAAAAAAUUAAAGAAAAAUCUUUUAAACUAAGAAAAUGAGAAGCCGAAAACUUGUCAUCACGAAAUUCGCUCGGUGAACCCGCCAUACCGGAUGUGACGUCACGGGUGGAACACGCGCUCGGAUAGUUUUCCAAAAUGGCUGACAGGUCAAGUAGUAUUUCGAGUAGUUCGAGUGGCUCUAUGAUUAUUGAAUACGAAAGCGGGGAGGAAGAGGGAGAGGCUAUUGAAGGAGUCCAUCCAUAUAUGUUCGAGCCCGAAGGGUCAAUUUCUGGUUCUAAUUCCGACAAUGAAGACAGCGAUGUUGAAGUCGAGUUGAGAACAAUGAACGACGACUGGUGUGAAUGUGGCGGCCACUGUCAACGACAGGAUACAGAAAGAGAAUGCGUUUGCUGCAAAGAAAUCGACAAUGUUACGUGUUGGAAACUGCAUGGUUUGCAUACCGACAGCAAUUUGGUGGAUAUGAUGGGCCUGAACACAAACGUUUGCGGCAUAUAGCCUACAG